GAGUUGCGAGCUGCGAGUUGCAACGUUGCCGAGCAGAACAUCGGGAAGAUCUGUUGGUGUAUGUGUGUGGUGUUGGUGGUGGUGGCGGCGGAGGACGACGCUCAAGAAGUAGGCAGCAAGAACUCGUCGGCAGGAAGGUGUAUCGUGGGACUCGUGGAAGGCCGAGAGGAGGGGACGGUCAGGACUGAGAAGGCAGGACAGGAGGAGCGGGGCGGGAGAGACCGCAGUGACUCGGAAGCGCCCCGUUGCAGCCAUGAUUCGUUUCAUUCUACUACAAAAUCGUCAAGGAAAGACCAGGCUUGCAAAAUACUACGUCCCCCUUGAGGAUUCUGAAAAGCACAAGCUGGAGUAUGAGGUUCACCGAUUAGUGGUCAACAGAGACCCAAAGUUUACAAACUUCGUGGAGUUCCGGACACACAAGGUUAUUUACAGGCGCUAUGCAGGUCUCUUUUUCUCCAUGUGUGUGGACAUAACCGACAAUGAGUUGGCAUAUCUUGAGAGUAUUCAUCUCUUUGUAGAAAUACUGGAUCAUUUCUUCAGCAAUGUCUGUGAACUGGACUUGGUUUUCAAUUUCCAUAAGGUGUACCUAAUUCUUGAUGAGUUCAUCUUGGCCGGUGAAUUGCAAGAAACGAGUAAAAAGGCUAUUAUCGAACGAAUGAGUGAAUUGGAACGUCAAGAAUAGCGAAAUCCUACAUUUUUCUUCUUGAUACAUCUUCACAUUCUUGGGAUUAUGACAAUAGGGAAGUGUAGUGUAUAUUUUUUUUAACCGUGGUCAUUUAAAUUCAUUCUAAUUCUUUGGUGUCGUCAGUAGGGUCUGGUCCAAGCACAAGCUUCUGUACAAGUAGGCCACAGAUAAAGAAUCACGGAGUAGCGAGCUUUUGUUUGCAACAAAAUGUCUACCACCGGACUGAUAUCAAUGUACAGAUUGAUCGAUUGAGGCAAUGCUUUUCUCCUGAAAGGACCUUGUUUGGACUGUAUCAGAAUAUCAGGGAAACUCAUUCACUGAUGAGUCUCAUUCAGCAGUGGACAAAUUGAGUACCACGAUCGGUUCAAUCUGCCUUGUCUCGGGACUUGAUGUGAACGGCUGGACCUCAGUCCGACUUGAUAGUUAAUGUGUAUACCACAAACCUUCUGUGAUAUACUACUGAGGAGCCUUGAAGA